UGUUCCUAAACACGUCAACAUCGCGCAGUUGGCACUUGUAAAUUGUAAUUGUGACUACGUGUAUUGUAGCACUCUGUUGUGUUUAGGUUAUUAGUGUAGAGUUUAAUUUUCUAACUUUUAAAAAUGGUUAACAGUCAACGAAUGCGCAUUGCUAAUGAAAAGGCAAGCAAAAACGUUACUCAACGAGGGAAUGUCCCUAAAACAUCCAAAGCUCAAGAUGAAAAGUAUGCAGUUGGACCAUGGCUGCUAGGAUUGUUCAUCUUUGUUGUCUGUGGAUCUGCUGUGUUCCAGUUGAUACAGAGUAUCAGAUUUGGAUGAAGAAAUAAAACAAAAUUUAUAUUCCAGAAA